UGAAUGAAUGAAUCAAUCUACUUCUCUUCAAUGCUGCACAACACAGAUAUCCAGCUCAGACCACCGGCUCUACCUGGAGGGCUCAGCUCUCCUGGUAAAUCCCAAAAAACCCUGGACAUGCCAGGAUGUAUUGUGAGUGGCUGCAUCUAGAACAGAGGGGGGUUGGGGAGGGCCAAACACUGUAAGUAAUCCAUGUUUGGAAAACAAGGCAGAAGUUACUCAUUAGCAGGUGAAAGGGUCAAAGGUCAAGGCAAGGGGGCUGGAAGCAGAGUGGAUUGAGCAGACAGUGGGGGGAGAGAAUAGUUAAGACACCAGCCACUCCACGAAGAGUACCAGCUCCCCGUUGCCUGAAGAUGUUUCACCAAAUUUGGGGAGUUCUGCUUUACCUCUACGGCAUUCUCCUUAAUUCCAUCUACCAGUGCCCUGAGCACAGUCAACUGACAACUCAAGGAGUGGAUGGUAAAGAGUUCCCAGAGCCCCACUUGGGCCAGUGGUAUUUUAUCGCAGGGGCAGCUUCCACCAAGGAGGAGUUGGCAACUUUUGACCCUGUGGACAAUAUUGUCUUCAACAUGGCUGCGGGCUCUGCCCCCAUGCAGCUCCAGCUUCGUGCUACCAUCCGCACGAAAACUGGGUCCUGUGUGCCCCGGGAAUGGAUCUACCACCUGACAGAGGGGAGCACAGAUCUCAGAACUGAAGGUCGCCCCGACAUGAAGACCAAGCUCUUCUCCAGUUCAUGCCCAGGUGGAAUUAUGCUGAAGGAGACAGGCCAGGGCUACCAGCGCUUCCUCCUCUACAAUCGCUCACCACACCCUCCCAAGAAGUGUGUGGAGGAAUUCCAGUCCCUGACCUCCUGCCUGGACUCCAAGGCCUUCUUACUGAUUCCCAGGAAACAAGGUAAGGGGGUAAAGUCCCACAGAAGAGAACUAGGACUCAUCAAGUCUCCUGCAGGUGCUGAAUGAAAGGGACUCAAGUGAUGUCACCAGAGGGCAGGACCAAAAGCUGACAUUGUCAGAGUGGCUGUGUUCACACCUCCAUUUGUGUUACAGGUUGUGAUGGCGCCAGAGGGAGCCAGGAUGGGCUGUGGGCUAAUAGAGAGGUUUCCGAGUUUGCAGUGGAUAAAGGGGCAGAGUCAGAUGCGGAGGGAAAUAGGCCUCAGAGACCCCUUUUUUGACAUGGGAAGAAUGAGGGAAUGCAUUAUUAGCAACCUUGCUUCGCUCCCUGGAUUUCCUUCCUUUCCACCCUC